UGUCUUUUGCAAAUCGCUGCAGUGCUUCACAGGUGUACACUCGAGUAUUCUCAUACGGAUUGACUGAACUGGAGCCACAUGUCACAUGUGCUUCAUAGGAAGAACCAGGGCAUCAUCUGCUGCAAGCUGGAUCUGGAGGAGGAUGCUGCGGCAAGUGAUACACAGAGGGCUGAAAUCUUCCUUCUACUGGCUGGGUUUGUUCGUGAGCAGGCAUCCAGUGUUCUUCCUCACCGUCCCCGCAGUCCUGACUAUCAUUUUCGGAUGCACGGUGCUGAGCCGGUUUAAGCCCGAAACGGACCUGGAGAUCCUGGUCGCCCCGACGCACAGCCUCGCGAAGAUCGAGCGGAGUCUCGCCAACAGCCUCUUCCCCAUCGACCAGUCCAAGCACAAGCUGUACUCGGACCUGCACACCCCCGGCAGAUAUGGCAGACUCAUCCUGCUGGCCAAAUCCGGGGGAAAUAUCCUGGAACUGGCCGAGCAGGUGCUCCAGGUGCACAAGAGGGUCCUGGAUAUGCGUGUCAAUUAUAAAGGCUUCAAUUACACUUUCGCGCAUCUCUGUGUCUUGAGCCACCGGGACAAGAGAUGCCUCUUGGAUGAUAUCAUCACCAUAUUCGAAGACAUUCGCUUAGCUGUUCUGUCUAACAGCACUUUUGCCAAGGUCCCCGUGAGCUAUCCGAAUACAACAUUAAAGGAUGGUCGAGUGUCCUUUAUUGGCCAUCAGCUGGGUGGUGUGGCCUUGCCUGCAAACAGCCGGGAUCAACAGGUCAAGUUUGCUCGCGCCAUCCAAAUCACCUACUACCUCCGCAACCUUGGGCCAGUGGUGCAGGACAUCAUUUCUGAGAAGUGGGAGAGUGAAUUCUGUAAGCUGGUGCACCAGCUGGCUACAGACAGCCAGGAACUACACAUCCAUUCACUUACAUCCUUCAGCUUAUGGCGGGACUUCCACAAGACAGGCGUGCUGGCCAAGAGCGAGGUACUGGUCAGCUUGGUGCUGGUGCUCCUGGCAGCCACCAUCUCCAGCUCUAUGCGGGACUGCUUGCGCGGGAAACCCUUCCUGGGCCUGUUGGGCGUCCUUACCAUCUGCAUCGCCAAUGUGACGGCAGCUGGGAUUUUUUUCAUCUCUGAUGGGAAAUUUAACUCUACGCUGCUUGGGAUCCCCUUUUUUGCCAUGGGACAUGGAACGAAGGGUGUGUUUGAGCUUCUGGCAGGCUGGAGAAGAACCAGAGAGAGUUUGCCCUUCAAGGAGAGAGUGGCAGAUGCGUUCGCUGACGUGAUGGUGUGCUACACCAUGACUAGCUCACUCUAUAUUAUCACCUUCGGCAUGGGUGCCAGCCCUUUCACCAACAUCGAAUCCGUGAAGGUCUUCUGCCAGAGCAUGUGUGUAGCAAUCCUGGUGAACUACUUCUACGUAUUUUCAUUCUACGGCUCCUGUCUGGUGUUUGCCGGGCAGCUGGAGCAAAACCGCUAUCACAGCGUCUUCUGCUGCAAGAUCCCCUCAGUGGAGUAUCUGGACCGCCAGCCCACUUGGUUUAAGACCAUGAUGAGUGAUGGCCACGACUUGUCUACGCACCACGACAGCGCACCGUACCAGAACCACUUCAUUCAGCACUUCCUGAGGGAGCAUUACACAGAAUGGAUUACCAACACCUACGUCAAACCUUUUGUGGUUAUCCUCUACCUGAUUUACGCCUCCUUUUCGUUCAUGGGAUGUUUACAAAUCAGCGAUGGCUCCAACAUAAUUAAUCUGCUAGCUAGUAAUUCACCCAGUGUGUCGUUCGCCCUGACCCAACAGAAAUACUUUAGCAACUACAGUCCGGUGAUUGGGUUUUACAUCUACGAACCCAUUGAGUAUUGGAACUCCACAGUACAGGAGCACCUCAAGACGCUGGGCCAGGGCUUUAAUAAGAUUUCAUGGAUUGAUAAUUACUUUCACUAUCUGAGGGUCUUGAAUGUCAGUGCGUCAACCAAAAGUGAUUUCAUCAACAUCCUCAAGACUUCUUUUCUGAGGAGCCCAGAAUAUCAGCACUUUGUAGACGACAUCAUUUUCUCCAAAAACGGAGACGAGUACGACAUCAUCGCAUCCAAGAUGUACUUGGUGGCCAGGACGACCGAGAAGACCAGGGAGGAGGUCGUGGAGCUGCUGGAGAGACUUCGACCUCUCUCCCUCAUAAACAGCAUCAAGUUCAUCAUUUUCAACCCGACGUUCGUGUUCAUGGACCGCUAUAGUUCCUCCAUCAUCUCCCCCAUCCUAACAUCGGGUUUCAGCGUGCUCACCAUUCUCAUCCUCACCUUCUUCCUGGUCAUUAACCCACUGGGGAACUUCUGGUUGAUCUUGACUGUCACCUCCGUGGAACUGGGUGUCUUGGGUCUCAUGACGCUCUGGAAUGUAGACAUGGACAGUAUCUCAAUCCUGUGCCUUAUUUAUACACUCAACUUUGCUAUGGAUCACUGUGCCCCCCACCUCUACACGUUCGUACUGGCCACUGAGCAUACGCGGACUCAGUGCAUCAAGAUCUCUUUAGAGGAGCAUGGGGCUGCCAUUUUGCAGAACACCUCGUGUUUUGUAAUUGGGAUAAUGCCUCUUCUCUUUGUGCCUUCUAACCUGACCUACACACUGUUCAAGUGCUCCCUUCUCACGGCCGGCUGCACAGUGCUGCACUGUUUCGUCAUCCUACCGGUGUUUUUGACAUUCUUCCCGCCCUCUAAGAAGCGGCACAAGAAAAAGAAACGUGCCAAACGGAAAGAGCGGGAAAGAGAGAGGGAGCGGGAGAGGGAGAGAGAGGAAAUCGAGUGCAUCGAAGUCAGGGAAAACCCGGACCACGUGACCAAUGUUUGAUUGAAAGAUAUGUGUGAACGUAAGUGGUAAG